UUCUUCUUAUCAUUUGUUUUUUGUAAAUGAUUGAAUAUGAGAAUUGAUAAGAAAUUAAUCAUUUUAUGAAUAACAAAUAUCAGAAUUUUUUUUCUUCAACUUUAAUUUUAAUUCAUCUUUUAUCAUGAAAAAUGUAUUCAAUGUAAGGUAAAAUUAUUUUGAUCAGUAUGAGAGAAAAGCGAACGCCUGUUAAACAAAACCCAAUAUUAAAAGUAGUGAUUUUGGGUGAUAGCAAUGUUGGAAAAUCAUGUCUGAUGAACAGGUUUGUAAGUAAUAGUUUUAGUGAUCACACACUUCAUACUCUGGGUGUAGAAUUUCUUCAAAAAGAACUCGACGUUAAUGGAAUAGUAUACACUUUACAGGUAUAGCUGAACAUUUUUUAUUCAUAGACAAAAUGUAUUAGAUAAUUAUAUAUUCUAAUAUAGGUGUAUUUUAGAUAUGGGACACCGCCGGCCAAGAAAGAUUUCGAACGUUAAGAACGCCAUUUUAUAGAGGCACUGAUAUUUGUUUAUUAACAUUUGCCGUUGAUGAUAUUCAAAGUUUUAAAAAUGUAGAUUCUUGGAAAAGAGAAUUUCUAAAAUAUUCUAGGACAACCGAUAUAAAUUUUCCAUUCCUUGUUGUUGCUACAAAGGUAUAAAAAAAAACAAAUAUAUAUAUUUUUAAUUUUGAAAAUAAAAUAAUUUUAUUUAGGUUGAUUUAGAAAAACGCAUAGUUCCAAAAGAUGAAGCAGACAAGUGGUGUUCAGAAUAUCUUAGUAUUCCGUAUGUAGAAACUAGUUCUAAGACAGAUAUGAAUAUUGAGACUGCCUUUGCUUUAGCCGUUGAACUUUGGGCCUCAACUGAAAGACCUUCUGAAUUAAAAAUAUCACAUCAUAAUUUAGUCAAAUUAUCUAGACCAAUCAAUGGCAAUGCUGCUUGUCCUACAGCAGAAACAGUAUCAUCAAAAUGUUGUUAAAACUUUAAAAGCUUAUUAACUAUAUUUAACAUUUUAUAAAUCAAUUUUUAGUUGAGAAUUUUUUAAUUUUUGAAAAUGGCAAUAUUUUAUUAUUACAUUACAUACAUAUUAUAUAAUAUGGUUUUUUAUACACAAAUGUUUAAAUCUUAAUUUAUAAUGAAAUAAUUAAAAUAGUAUUAUAUGCCUCCUAUCAUUAUGUACACAUUUUAAGAAUGAUAUAUUAUUAUUUAUUUUUCAUUUAUUAUGAUUGUAUUUGUUUAUAUUGGUAUUUUUUAAAUUUAUUUUUAUGGUACUUAAUAUUUUAAUAAUGUAGGUUUAAUUGAUUCUUCUUUAUACUACUGUUGAACACCAGUUUUUAUCAACUAUCACGUAAUUUGAAUUUAAUGUAAAUUGAAAAAUUUCUUUCAUCACAAAAAUUGGUCCAAGAGCCCCACGACCUUUGCAGCUUAACCUGCCAGGUACCAUUAUAUUCUCAAAGUAAACAAGUUACUGCAGCUGUAUUUUACAUAUUGAUUCACAAACAUUAAGAAGUAUUUAUGAAAACAAUUGGCACAAAAUGGUCACUAUGUUUAUUAUGACCAUGGCUUAGUUUUUGAGGUGUAAAUUUAAUUUUAAAAUAAAAAUAAAUAUUUCUAUAAAACAAUAUGUAAGUAAUUUCUAAAACUUACAAUAUUUGAAUGUAUCUCAACUAUUAACCUUUAAAUGUGUUUAAUAAGCUACAAUUCUGUUUUCCGUGAAAAAACAUUCCAAUAAUUUUAUUAAAAUAAUCCAUUUGUAUCGUAUUUUAAUUUGGUAUUUAAAAUAAUAUUUUGUUUAAAAUGAAACAUUUAUUAUUAGAUCGUCACUAUCACGUUGUAUUAUUUCUAAAUGUAUACUUAAUAAUAUAAAAUUAAAUGGACAC